AUGUAUAUGGAAACUGUUAAUCAUGGAAUGUCUGAUGGGUUUAUACCAAUAAUUAGUAUCUUCUACGCGGUGUUCCACCCAAUUGAAGGAACAAAAAUAGUCCAUCAGUUUCCACCUAACUUGAUUGCAACUUCAAAGAAAAAAGCAAAUGUGAGCACCGGAGUAGAGGCCGGCCCAGGAGAAGAAGAGCAACCUCAGCAACAACAACAAGAAAAAGAACAAGAAAAAGAAAAAGAAGAAGAAGAGGAAGAGGAAGAGGAAGAAAGGGAGGAAAGAGACGAAGAAACCAAUGAGUUCAGUAACGAAAACAGUCAGAGUUUAUUCGACUUUGACACUGUCAAAAACUACGUUAUACCCAAACCACAAUUAUGCAAUCGUCUUAUUUCAUUCAAGAUUGAUAAACUAAAGGUUAUUGGGUACCCAGUACACAUGGUGAAUGAGCAAUAUGCGAGAAACUCAUUUAGCUUUAAUUUCUGCUUUGUAUUUUCCUACGAGACUGGAGAUGUGAAACCAUACGAGUCUGCUAUUCGGCGGAUGGGGCACAUGUUUGGCGUAUUGGAGGAACAGAAUAGACUAUUGAGCAAAUUGGAUAAGGACAAUUCUUUUUACAAGAGUUUGGAACAAUUACAAAAGGAAAAGAAAUCGUCUACAUCAUUGAAUAGUGCCAACCUGGAUGUCUUUGGAGUUGAGAGUUUAGACAAUAGGCUAAAUGAACCAGGCCAUGCAAAGACAAAGGAAAUCUCACUAUCAUCGAUUGAGUCGUUGAUUACACAAAUCUACCAGGAUUUGAAUAAUUACUCAGAGUGUUGUAUACCAUUGGACAAUUCAAACUCUGUGGAUAUCAAAUUGUUUCCCAUAUUACCUGCACCAGUAAACCUCAAAGCUUUUCAAGUGCCGAUUGCCACGGUAAAGCUUCGAUCCUUGGUCGAUGUUAAUUGGGACCCAACAAUGGUCAAGAUAUUGCCCUACAUUGAUGGUGUCAACUCACUCAAAAGAAUCAGCGAGCUUGCAGAUGCCGAUUACCUCAUCACCAAGCAAUGCAUUCAACAUCUCAUGCACUACAAGUGUAUCGAAAUAAUUGAUAUCUUCCAGUUUAACAAUAUUUAUGCUCCAACAAAUAGGAUUGGCGAGUUUUUAAAAAGCGAUGGAAAAAUCGCCGAACAAUGCCAAGCAUAUGUUGUAGCAAACGACGAUGUACGACAAUCUCCCUCAGCAUACACACCAAUGAAUCAUUACUAUAACCAACACAAUCAUUCGCCAAGAGCGUUUAGUGAGGUGGCGUCGACGACUUCUUCAUCGCCAGGCUACUUUAAACACAUCCCCUCGGGAUCAAUGUCGCCAUAUUCCAAGAAUAGCUAUCUCUCGACAAAAUCUCCCGGUAAUUUUGCUUCUGCAUACUUGGAUAUAAAAAUCCCAACAAAGACAGAUUUGUUCUUUUUGUAUCGUUCAUUGAAUCAAGGACAAACAGUAAAAGAAUGGUAUUUGCAACAUAAAAAUUUGUUUCAUAACAUUGACGUGCGGCGGUUCAUAAACUUUGGAGUGCUACGUGGCCUCAUCUAUCGGGUCUAUUCGUAUCCCGUGUUGAAUGCAAUCACUAGAAUGGUUGAGAGUGGCGAGCUGCCUGAACCAGAGCAUUUCUUGAACCAUUUAAAACGGAGAAGAAUUGAAAAACUGAAGAGACUGGAUAGAUUAGAGAGCUUGGAGAAGAGAUUGGUAAUGCGGUCUAGAACCGAGGGAAAUAUGAGAAAUGCAGUAAAUGAGCAAACUUUGGUUACUGAGCCAAGAAGAAGAGUUAGUUUUGCUUCGGUUGUUGAUAAGAAUGGAAAACGUACCGCUAUUUUUGGUCAUGGUAACACAAUUGGUAACACUACCAGCACCGUUACCAACAGACCAUUAAAUGAGGCUAUUGCAGAAGAUGAAAGUGAGCUGUCAAAUAGUGAUGACGACGAUGAUGAGGAAGAAGGAGGAGGAGGAGGAGGAGCAAGAAAAAAAUUUACAAUUCCCAAACCCCUUUCCAAUCCGUUGUUGAAAAGAGCCCAUAGAUUUUCUUCUUCAUCCAAUCUAUAUGAAAACAAUGACCAAACGCAAAUUAUUGGUGGUGGUGAUGAAGGUGAGGGUGAGGGUGAGAGUGAGGGUAAAGGUGCAGAUGGAGAUGAGGAUGUUAUGACGGAACAAGAAGAGGAAGAAAUGACUUUUUUGAUCAAAAUGUUGAUUGGAUUCCAACACUUUGACUCUAUUUGCACUGAGUUGCAAAAAUCAAGAUCCGAAGUAGAAGAAAUGAUUAAACGAUUUGGAUCAUUUACCGUAGUGAAUAGUUGA